AUGCCCCGCCCCAAACCCCCCGCCCCCCGCCGCCGCCCGCCCCCCCCGCCGCCAUCGCCGCCGCCGCGGAGACGCAGAUUCCGUCCCGGCACGCGGGCGCUCCAGGAGAUCCGCAAAUACCAGAGCAGCACUCGGCUCCUCCUGCGCCCGGGGCCCUUCUCCCGCCUGGUGCGGGAGAUCUGUCUGCUCUUCACUCGAGGUGUCGAUUAUCGGUGGCAGCGAAUGGCGUUGGUGGCCCUGCAGGAGGCGGCCGAGGCCUUUGUCGUGCGGCUGUUGGAGGAUUCCUACCUGUGCUCGCUCCACGCUCGCCGCGUCACUCUUUACCCCAAGGACGUGCAGCUUGCUCGGCGCUUACGUGGUUUUGAGGGGGGGGUCGUCUGAGGGGGACCCCCCCAACUCUAAGACCCCCCCAAAAACCCAAAGACCCCCCCCGUG